GAGGGCGGUCGAUGUGGUUCCAGGACCGCGUGCACACGGGCUCGGAUUUGCACCAUGGUGGCAAUUGUUGAGGACACUGGGCAGCUUGCAACUGAGGAAUGGAUGGCGAGCAAAGUAGUUAGUUGUUAAUGGACGUAUACAAAUAACAUAAUGUACGCUAAGGAGGAGCUUGCAGUACGACUCGAUUUUGAGGAUAAAGGAGCCGGGAAGUUGACAAAAAAUCAAACAAAAAUCAAAAACGCAGUGAUUAGGGGCAAACUUGGUUGUGACAUCAUACCUUGUCUGAACCAUGGCAGAUGUACAUUCUAUCGAAUUGGUAAUCUUGGAUUCCUGUGUAUUUGCCCUCCUGGAUUUGAUGGCGAAUUUUGUCAAUAUCGUGCAAUAGAACCAUUUACCGUAAUUUCACUUCUUGGAAUUAUUGCUAUACCGGUACUCAUCUUUGCUUUAUGCUUUGCCAUUUGCUGCAUGUGCAACAGAGAAAGACUGCAUCAUCAAGCCCUUAAAAAUGGCUCUGAGAUUUGUUUAAAUCCAUUUCAAGUUCCUUGUGACCCAAAUUCUCUACGCUCUCCAUUGACUGGCAGUUAUCAGGAAAGAUGUGAGAAAAACUAUGGUGAACCUGAAAACUCGGACUUUGUUCUGCUUCCUCCAGUAAAUGACCCUGGUGAAUACUAUCCUGAAUUGAAUGAAAUAGAGCGCUCUGACAAUUAUCAAGUGAACAAUGUACCAGAAGUAGAACAACUUAGAUAUAAUGAUCCAGAAAUUGCAGAAAAUGAAAGCAGAGGAAAACAUUCAUCACACAGUAUAAUCCAAGUUCCUAGUCCAGAAAAUGAAAGCAGAAGAAAACGUUCAUCACACAGUAUAAAUCAAGUUCCUAGUCCAGAAAAUGAAAGCAGAAGAAAACGUUCAUCACAAAGUAUAAAUCAAGUUCCUAGUCCAGCAGCAGAAGAACGUAACAGAAAAUGUUCAACACACAGCCAAAGUUCUUGUACAGAAGCAUUUCAGCGUUGUCUUAAACAAAAUCAACAAGCCAAAGCAGUGGAAGCAGACGGAAGAAAGUCUUCAUUCUCAGUUACAAGCCAAAGUCCGCGCCCAGCAGGGUUUAACAGAAAAUUUUCAACAUACAGCCAAAGUCCUUGUCCAGCAGAAGAAGUUAGCAGAAAGUUUUCAACGCACAGCCUUAGUUCUUGUGCAGAAGCAUUUCAGCGUUGUCUUGAAGAAAAUCAACAAGCUAAAGCAGUGGAAGAAGACAGAAGAAACUCUUCAUUCUCAGUUACAAGCAAAAGUCCGUGCCCAGAAAAGCAAGAAGAAAAAGCAACAAAAGAAUGUAGAAGGAUAGCAAACCUUAUUUGUAAACGUCUAUGUGCAGUUGAUAGACAAAACUCAUUUAUGGAAAAUAAAUACACAGAAACUGUGAAGAGAAGAGAAUCUUCAAGAAACAACAAUCAAGAGCCAUAUCCAGUUAAUGGUCGAAGGUAUAAUGUAAAAAAUGAACAAACUAAAGCAGCAGAGGGGAGCAAAAGGUCAACACCAAGCACCCGAAGCCAAGGUGCAUGUCCAGUUGCUAUUCAAUGCUGCAUUGAAAUAAGUGAACAGAUGAGAGCUGCGGAGAAAGAUAGAAAAAAAUGUACGACAAAGUUCAAAUACCUAAGUCCAUAUCCAGAAAGACGACAGAUGAAGGAAGCACAUGAAUCUAGACGAAAAUCUUCACCAGGCAUCUACUGUCUAGAUCCAACUCCAUCAAACGAUGUAUGUCUAGAUCCAUUUCCAUCAAAGGUCGCAUGUCUAGAUCCAUGUUCAUCAAACAUCGUAUGUCUAGAUCGAUGUUCAUCGGGUGCCUUGUGUCUAGAUCCAUAUCCAUCACACAUUGUAUGUCUAGAUCCAUGUUCAUCAAACGUCGUAUGUCUAGAUCCAUGUUCAUCAGAUGCCUUAUGUCUAGAUCCCUGUUCAACAGAUGUCUUAUGUCCAGAUCCCUGUUCAACAGAUGUCUUAUGCCCAGAUCCCUGUUCAUCAGAUGCCUUGUGUCCAGAAACCUGUACAGCUUAUGAAGACAAGUGUCAAGGACGAAAUUGGCCUGAUUCAUUUGGAGAUACUGAGAGUAGAACUUGUACAACGGAAUCCAGUGAUCCAAUACUGGUGGAAAAAUGUGACGUUGAAUGUCAAUUCAGUUAUCGAGAUUCUCGAGAACCUUCAGAAGACUGCAUGCCCAACAACAAUGUUUCAUGCCCGGAUGAAGUUGAACAAACAAUACAUUUUCAUUGCAAAAACCACGAAAUUAUGCAGUGUAAUAAUUUAAGUGAUAAUGGUUCUUCGUCUCGGAGUUCUUCCCAAGAAUAUCUCGCUAAUUUACCAACUGAUAUUUCAACAUCAAGAUCGGAGUCAUCUUCACAAAUUUCUUCAUGUUUAGAAGUAGCUGAUGAUUUUGGAAACAAGUCUGAUUGCUCUCUAAAUAGUUCAAUACCAAGUGAAGCACUUCUAAACUUAAUGCAUUGUUAUUUUGCAAAGGGAGAUGAUGUUAAAUCUGUGCAGUUUUCAUUCCAUCUGGAUAAAUCCCAGACUGAUGACUUAAGUCAAAGCACUAAUGUAAAAGGAGACAACAGCAGAUUUUCUUACCAAGGAAAUUCUCCAUCAACAUCUGAAGAAAAAUCCAAAAAAGGAUUAAAAAAUAAAUGUUGUACUACGGAUUAUAAAAGUAUCUUUACAGAUAUGGAAUCAACCUUGACUUCAGUUGAAAAUCUUGCAAGAAACUGUUCAAGCCUUGAUACACCAGAUGUUGAUUCAUUAGUUCCAACAAUGGUGAUUGAUUCAAAUGACUGGUAUUGUGCAGAAGAUAAGGAACCAUGUAGCAAAACUACAGUUCGAUAUAUGUUUACUGAUAGUGAAACUGAUGAUUAAAAUGCAAUUAUAGCAAAAAAAUAUAUACCUAAAUCACUGAAUUAAAAUCAGCUUAAAUGUAUGGCUUAAGUAGAAACAAUAAACAGAAUAAAACUAAUUUAUUCUACUGACAGCCAAUAUACAAAUAAAAACAAGUUAGUUUUACUUUUUAUGUUAUCCAGUAUACGGCUUGAAAGUCUCUUUUGUGAUUUGAUGACUGAAACUGAACAUUAAGAAACUAUUUUUGCUUUACAUAUCCUCCUCUAACUAGCCAUCCAUCUUGCUUCAGUUCUUUUGGACCUCUGAGAAAUCUGUAAACGUUGUUAGAUAAUGAUAGAAAGGUCCCAAAAUUAACACUUAUGCAGAGGACAGCAUUAUAUUUUCCUUGGUACACAAAAAUGCUGGAGAGACACAGCGGGUGCAGCAGCAUCUAUGGAGCGAAGGAAAUAGGCAACAAAGGGUUUCGGCCCGAAACGUUGCCUAUUUCUUUUGCUCCAUAGAUGCUGCUGCACCCGCAGAGUUUCUCCAGCAUUUUUGUGUACCUUCGAUAGUCCAGCAUCUGCAGUUCCUUCUUAAAAACAUAUUUUCCUUUAUUUUGCAUCUAUAUUUCUCAAAAUUUGAAGAAUUUUACCACCACACGACUUCAAUAAAUAUUUCAUUCUGAUUUUUGAUUGUUCAAAUCUUACCAAUAAACUUCUAGUGAUUUACAUUUCAUGUAGAUGAGAUUGGCAAGUGGAUUGGAUGUUCAUUACGUACCAUGCUGGAUUUUUCUUUCAGUUAACAACAAUCAAAGAGAAAAUGGGCAUAUACUAUUCCACACAACCUUCUACCCAUGCACUUUCCCCAACAACUGCAGACGUAUUCAACGUGAUCCCUCCACCAGCCACGUCUGUCUGUCACUACCACUUUCCAUAGAGACCACUCUCCCCCACAACUUCUCUCAUCCCUUUCCAACCCAAACCCCUCCGUCCCCAGCAUUAUCCCCUUCACCUUCUCUCUCUUACAUCAAGUGAACCCAGCAGGCCUUCCAGGUGAAACAGCAGUUCAUGUGCACCCUAACCCUAAUGUGGCCUCUUUUACAUUAGCGAGACCAAGCUUAGACGGUUUUAUCGAACACUUGCACUCUGUCUGCCAAGUCCUGCUGGAUCUCCCAUUUUACUGUCAUUGUCAGAGUGAGGCCACAUACAAACUGGAAGAGCAGCACUUCAUAUUUUGUUUGGGUAGCCUAAAACCUAAG